AUGCAGUGCUGCAGCACCUUCAGGAGUGCAGUCAGCAAUUUCCAACAAGAGUUCGGCGUCACGACUUCCAGAAUACCAUGGGGAGCGGGGGCCAUUCACAAGCUCGAGGCGAACAGAUACCUUCACCUCCUGUUCUUCACCCUCGUCAGCUGCCUUGCUCGCCCCAUCGCUAGAACUGGUCAGCGGCUCCAAGCAUAUGCAACAAUAGCAUCAUUUUUCCCACCAGCCUGUCCUGGUGAAUCUCCGAACAACCUGAAUGUGUCUGUCCAGCUGCCCGCGGGAUCAGCCAGUCGCCUAGUUUGCAGCUGA